CCACUUUUUCACAACAAUCUCAGAAAAUUCUAAGAGAGAAAAUAGGCAGAAGAAUGGAGCAAGAGAGCUUUACGGGUCACCCCUUUUCAAUGCAGACUGCAGGCACAUGACAUACCCUUGUUUUCAAGAAGACCAUCAUCCAGGUCAUGAUAAAAUGGUGGAUAUGCAAUCAAAGGGAAUUGCUUGUCGGAUUAAGAAGUGUGCCUAUGAAUUGCUGUCAAUUGGGAAUGAUCUGAUGGACGAUGCGUACUCGUGGGACUUGAUGGGAAGGGAUAUACGUCUCAAGUCGAUGUUCUUGUACUGUGAUCUUAGUCAGUUGAUCUCUAAUGUCCCAAACGAUCAGAAGAAGGCUCUGACUGAAGUUGGCAACAAACUGUUUUCCUCCAUCGAAGAGUUGGAUCACGCAGUGAAAAUUCAUAGCAUUCCAUUGAUUCGAGACCGAUACAAUGAAGCUGGUGUCAUUCUACAGGACCUAAUGGUUCUAACUGGUGUUAUGGAGUGAGGUUGGUCUGUAUAUUUCCAGGGAACCUUGCUGCAAUCUCAUCUUGUAAAUAAACUCAAGCUUCAGUCUGUACAGUGUUACGUAACAACAAAACUUCCGACUCUUGCAGUUACAUUCCUGGUUUUCAGUCAAUAAGGAUAUCGUAUCCUUCACCCA